AAUCCCAUUUCCCAGAUGCGGAAAGCUGGGGGGAGAGAGGCCCGUCAGGCCGGGAGCACGGGAAGGGAAGGGUCGGGGGAGCCACGACCGCCCUCCAGACGGCUGCAUCCGGAGGCCUCGGGGCCGCCGGGCUUCCGGUCCCCCAGCCCGCCGACCGGGCUGCGGGGACGUGCGCGCCGUGUGGGGCGCGCACGUAGGGCGGGGCGUGCGGGGGCGCGCGCGUGCGCAGGCGAGGCGCCGAGGGCCGAGGCAGAGUCGGGGAAGCGCCGCCAGGUCCGCUGUGGGUCCACGCCGCCCGCCGUGCAGCCCGCCCGCCCGCGCGCCCAGCGUCCCCUGCCGCCGCCGCCGCCGCCGCCGCCUCCGUCUCCGCAGCCGCCGCCAUGGGAGUGCAGGUGGAGACCAUCUCACCCGGAGACGGGCGCACCUUCCCGAAGCGCGGCCAGACCUGCGUGGUGCACUACACGGAUGAGUGUGGGUCAGAGAGCGAAACUGACCAUCUCCCCAGACUACGCCUACGGUGCUACUGGGCACCCAGGCAUCAUCCCGCCAAAUGCCACUCUUGUCUUUGACGUGGAGCUUCUGAAACUGGAAUGACAGGAAUGGCCUCCUCCAUGAGCUCCCCAUUCUUGGAUGUGCCGCAGAGGGAUGUGGCGCCCUCAGACGUGCGUGCAUACGCGAACCCGGACGGAGCUUUUCCUGAUGUUCCACUACACUCUUUGUCUAAACAUCGACCCCGACUGAAUGUGUUCUGUCACCCGGCUUUGCUCUUUCCCUUUUUCCUCGUAUGUGUGUUGACCUAAACUAUAUGCCAUAAACCUCAAGUUACUCAUUUUAUUUCGUUUUGUUUUGGGGUGAAGGUUCAGUUUCAAUCUUUUGGAUCUAGGUUUCCACUUAAGUAUUAGUCAAGUAUUAACAGCACAAGUAAUGAGUUAACUUUAGAAUAGGAAUUGGUGUCGGGGUGGGGGGGGAAUGCAAGAAUCUUUAUUUUAUUAUUAUUUUUUUUUUGGAUGAAAUUGUUAUCUAUUAUAUAUUAAACAUUCUUGCUGCUGCGCUGCAAAGCCAUAGCAGAUUUGAGGCGCUGUCGAGGGCCGAAUUACUCUCCCAGUUGAGAGAUGUCCUUGGGUUGUAUUAAAAGCCCGACCUAAAACUGAAGUGGUGGCCGGGGGGAGAGCUUUUGCCUCCACUGCCCUGCCCCAACCUCCCCUUAAACCCUCUGCCUUUUGAAAGCAAAUCGUUCUCACUGCGAUGUUGGACACUACAGGUAUCUGUCCCCAGGCCAGCAGGGACCUCCGAAGCCUUCUCUGUGGCCUGGCUUUUAUUUUAUUUUUUUCUCUCCCCAUCCUGUGGUUUUUCUAAAGGAUAUUCAGGACUUUUGUAAUCUCAGCUGUCCAAGCUCCACUUCCCAAAUUUUAAGAACUUUAAUCGAAAGUUUAAAUUGAAGGUGCUGUUUGUAGACACUUAACACCCAAUGAAAGCCCAGCCAUCAUGACAAACCCUUGAGUGUUGUCUUGAGAAAAUGAUGCUGGUCAUCACAGCUUCAGCAUCUUCCGGUUUUUGAUGUUCGGCUCCCCCUGCUGAUAAUCAGAGUUUCCCGGCUUCCUCUCCUCCCCCUCUCACCCCUUUGCUGUCCUGUGUAGUGAUUUGGUGAGAGAAAUUAUUGCUGCCUACCCCCCCACCCCCACCUCCCCGCACUACGUAUGAGUUUCAAGUUUUAUUAUUGCAAUAAAAGUGCUUUAUGCCGGCUUUUCUCA